GAACAAAGUUGGUUGCAAAUCGCUCAAGAUGAGCACGUCACCAUUUUCUCUCACCUGUUAUGCUCAACCUAAUAUCAGCAGCAACAGCAGCGGAAGACGUCUCACUACUGCCAAAAACGAUCUUCUUAUAAUAGCAGAAGAAAAGAAUUUGAAAUUUGAGAGAAAACAGGUUUUGUUUAAAAGGAGAGAAGCUAUUGGCCUUGGAUUUUCUCUUCCCAUUGCAGAUUUUCUCUUUCGACAACAAUCUGAAGAAGCAGUAGCCGCAGAUUCAAAACUUCAAUGCGAGCUUACAGGAAGCCCUUCUGGUCUCGCUUAUUGUGAUAUAGUUGUUGGAUUUGGUCCCGAGGCUUUGAAAGGACAGCUAAUUAAGGCUCAUUAUGUUGGCAAAUUAGAUAACGGAACAGUUUUCGAUAGCAGCUACAAUCGCGGGAAACCUUUAACAUUUCGUCUUGGUGCUGGAGAGGUAAUCAAAGGAUGGGAUGAGGGUAUUCUUGGGGGUAAUGGAAUUCCUCCCAUGCUUACAGGUGGAAAACGUAUCUUAAGAAUUCCAGCAGAUCUUGGAUAUGGAAUGAGAGGAGCUGGGUGUCGAGGAGGUUCUUGCAUUAUUCCACCUGAUUCUGUCCUCAUCUUUGAUGUGGAGUUCAUUGGGAAGGCAUGACAAAAUAAUCAAGAAAAUGAUAGUAUUGUCUUUGUGUUCUCAAUCCUCCAUUCCCCCUCUCUUUAUACACGGGGAGGGAAGGAAUUUGUGUAUUUUUACUUGACAUAAUCAUUCAUAAUUAAAAACACUUUCCUAAUACAUAUUCAAA